AUGAUGUUGUAUUGUCCUGUAAAGGAUCUCCUCGGAAGUGGCUGUCCUCCUAUAGACGAAACAGUUGACAGAGAUUCGUGGAGCAGGGCUCACGCGACCGAGCGAAGUGAGCCCAAACUUCGCUCUGACCAGCCUGACUUCGCCGUGCCAGUCAAUGAGUUUCUGUAUUUGUCGGACUGUCUGACUCUUUCUGUGUUGAAGGGCAAUCCAAAUAGUCCUAUUCGUAUUCGUAACGAAUACGAACUUCCCAAUGGAAUACAAGCUGCCCUUUAUGCCGAUGAUUUGGUGAUGUGGUGCAAGGAAGAGCAUGCCACUACUGCCACCUACAGAAUGCGGAUAGCAGCAGACAACCUGAGAGCCUGGUCAGAAAAAUGGUGUGUGGCUAUCAAUAAAGACAAGUCUUCUACCACACUCUUCACUCUAUCACCAAAGAAAAAAGCAGGAACAAUCAAAAUUGGGAACACUCCACUGAAACAUGCAGAUGAAGUAACAUACCUUGGGGUCACCUUCGACAAGAAACAAACUUGGAAACCACAUAUUCAAAAGGCAGAGACAAAAGCCAGAUGCAAAUUAGCCAUCAUGCGGAAACUAGCAGGAACUAGCUGGGGAGCAAAUGAGACAAUCCUCAAGAGAGUAUAUCAAGGAACUGUACGGCCGCAUCUUGAAUACGGUUCAUCAGCCUGGUCAACCACUGCAAAGACCAACCAGCAAGCUUUAGACAAGGUUCAAAACCAAGCUCUGCGAAUCAUAACGGGAUCCAUGAAGUCUACACCCAUUAAAGACAUGGAAAAAACUGCAGCAAUACAACCCCUUGGUGAGAGGAGAGAUGCCAAGAUCAUGAUCCAGGCAGAGAAAUUCAGGUACCUGCCCAAUCAUCCAAUGAAACAAAGAAUGGAUGGUCUGACAAAGAAUCGUCUCAAACGUAGCAGUUUCAUCCACCAAAGCAGAAGACUUACUAGAGAACACCAAGCUAACCCGUUACCAAAGACACUUCCAUUUUGCCCAACAGAUCUUCCACAACCAUGGAAUGAUGAACAAGCCAAUCUACAGAUCAGCAUGUCUGUCCCACAAUUAGCUUCAGCAGACUCCCAAAACGACCUGGUCAAACGGUCACUGGCAAUGGCUAUGAUCAGUGACCGGUACCCAGAAGAAUCUUGGAUCCAUGCAUACACUGAUGGUUCGUCAACAAAUGCUGUGGCCAAUGGAGGGGCAGGCAUAUUUAUCAAGCUCCCUUCAAGAAAUACCCUAACUGCAAAAGUACCAACCGGCACCCACAGUUCCAACUACAAUGCAGAAACCCAUGCACUUAUUCAGGCUGCUACAAUGAUCAAGGAUGCAAAAGAAGACUGUCAACAAGUUGUCUUCCUCACAGAUGCUCUCUCAGUCCUACAGGCCUUGCAAGGGGAAAAACUUCCUCACCUGAAUGAAGCCAUGCAAGAGGUAGCAAAGGAAAGACGAGUAGCUCUACAGUGGAUCCCAGCACAUUGUGGGAUUCCAGGAAAUGAGGAAGCAGACAGGCUAGCCAAGCUAGGAGCUAAUCAUGUACAGCCCAGCAACAACAUUAGCUUCUCAGAGAAGAAAACCUUGAUAAAGGCAGCCAACAGACCCAGGACAGAACAAGAUGAUUACCACCUUCUCAGUCGCUUGGAACAAGUAACUCUGUUGAGACUCCGGACAGGCCACAACCGACUGAAUGCUCACAUGUUCAGAAAGUUUAAACUUGCAGCAACACCAACCUGCAGUUGUGGCCUGGAAGACCAAACAGCAGAACACAUCUUACAGGCGUGUCCAAUUCAUCAAGACCUGAGACAAGCUGAGUGGCCAAUCGAAACUGCCAUACACACCAAACUCUAUGGAAAGAGAGGCGAACUGGAAAAAACAGCUCAUUUUAUCUUACAGACUGGACUAUUGGUCUAA